AUGUUUUCAUGGCGUGAAUAUCAAGCCACCCGUCCUGAACCUCGAACUGAAGAAAAUAUUGAAUAUUGUGUUAGUUUAAUUGCAGCAUCUAAGAAAAAAAUUCGACCAUUUGGAGUUCUAGGAAAAUCACCAUUAUCCACCAUCUUAUCAAUUCCAACUCAAUGCGUAUUUGACUAUUUUCAUAUAAAUUCAUAUUUUAUUGAUUGGAAUAUGUAUCACCAAAGAACUUCUCUUGGCACAACAACUACUAAUAAUUCAUUAACUCAAUCACGUACAAAUUCGCCUUUAACAGCGCGACGUACACUUCCAUCAUCAGCUCAUUUUUUUUCACAACAACGAAGACAACAACAACAACAUCAUAUACAAAGUGAUCAAGAUGUAUUAUGUUCAGAUCCUGUUCAACCGUAUUCAUCAGAUUUUGACGUUGUCGAAUCGAAUUCCUAUCAUCGAAAUGUUUCUUCAAGAAUUACAACUUGCGAUUCUGAUUAUAUUUCAUCAUCACCAUCAACUAAACGAAAACAUGCUGAAUCUUCUUUCGAUUAUGGAAAGCAAAUUGAUGAUAUUAGCAAUUUUUUGAAAACUGUUAUGAAACAACAAGAACUUAUUGUUGAUGAUCUUCAGUUACUUCGUAAAAGUAAUAAAAAACUUCAAGAAAUGACGGCUUCAUUAAUUCGUACAAAUCAACUUGAACAAGUAUCAGCUAAAAAACCAAUUGAAUUACCAAUCUAUAACUACAAAGAAAAAAAUCUCUUUGACUCAAUAUCUUCUGAUUUAUCAAUAACUGGUAUUCAUUGUAAAUUAAUUCGUAAGUUGUAUUCAGAAGAAGAAAUAAUUAAUGGUGAAGCAAAAAAUGAAGAAGAUAAACGAUUUGAUAUUGUAAAAGGAGCCAUGAUUGCUGCUUUUUUUGAAAACAAACCAGAAAAAUUUGACUCUUAUUGGAAACAUGUUGGUAGUAAACAUGUUGGUGGACAAAAACGGGCUGCUCGAAGUCGAAGUAAAAAAGCUCGACGAAAUCAAGAUGAAUCUGAUCAAAUAGCUGCUCCUGUCAUGGCUAACAUAAACAGUGAAUUAAACAGUCAAAAUGAAUUAAAUGACGAACAUUAUGAUGAUGAUGAUGAUGAUUAG